AUGGUCAUCUAUCAUGCUAUCCAUCAGGCUGACCAUGUGAUGGACAUUUAUCUGGACCAUUCCUCUCUGAUGAAAAUGUUUGAGCCUAGAGGUAGAAUGUAUACAAUGACGAAUCCUGUCCUGUCUUCCUUCCCUACCAUACUGACAAGUCAAGUGUCUACAUUGACCAGUUCAGUGUCUGCAUUGACCAGUCCGGUGUCUACACUGACCAGUCCAGUGUCUGCAUUGACCAGUCCGGUGUCUACAUCUGCAAAGCCAGAUCAAAAUGAAAAGAAACCAGUGCCAUCCACACUCGCAAAGCUGAAAAGGUGUUUCUCCAGUGCAUUUGCCAAAGAUGUCCAGCAGGCUGAUGGAUCUCCUGUGUCAAAACAGAGAUGUCUUGAUAGUUUUGUGUCACUGCACAGUUUCAAGUCUAAAACUUCCUCUGAGAAAAUUCUUAACCAAAGUGGCAAUGGUCUUCAUCUUAAAUCAUCACCAGACUCUGCAUUUGCUUCACAGGAAACUUAUGCGAGUCAGAUUUCAGAUGGAGCAGAUUCCGAGUCAAUAUCAGACAUCCACAUAUUGGAGGAUUCUGUGUCCCAAGGACCGCCUUUCAACCAUUCGUGGAACAGAAUGACAGAAGACGAUGAUUCGCCUUUAAAUGUUGUAGAUUCUGAUAGUUUAACAACAUAUGGUCAACAUAAUGAUAGAGACAGUUGUGCAAAUAAUAUUUAUCUAGGCUUUACAAAUAAGACUUUAGAGUCAAGUUCAAAUUCAAAGUCAGAUUUUCACUUGGAAAACAGGACUAAGUCUUUAAUUUUUCAUGCUGAAGAAUUAUCUGAUAGACAAAUGGCAGAUGAUUCUGCAAGCAACUUAGGAGGGAAAUGUGUAAUAUCUGAUGGUGACAUCAGUUCAAAACAUUUACCAUCUGCUAUAAGAGAAGUUUUUUCAUCAAACAAUACAGUUAAAGAUGGUGGAAAUAGUGAAAGCGUCAAAGAAGCUGACAGUCGCCACAAAUUUGAUGAGACUGUGGCAGAGGGAGAGAAUCUGAAUAAUAUACAAGUGACACAAAAAGAAGUGGACCAGUUUGAAAGUGUGAAACGAAAAGAGCAUGCUAUUCCCUUCUCCAUGUCUGAUCUGAAGGAAAUGCUACAGAAGAGAAGAGAAUUGAGUAAAGAAGAAUCAGGGGAGGUGUGCAGAAAGUUUAGAGCCACUAUCUCUCCAACUGACAAUACAACAGCCGAGGAAGAACUGAAAAAAGAGAUAAGGUUAUCAUUUAGUUUUUCUUAUAUAAUAAAACAUUGCAAGACAUUGUCAAGUAGAUGGGAGAUGUCCUCUCUGAUGAAAAUGUUUGAGCCUAGAGGUAGAAUGUAUACAAUGACGAAUCCUGUCCUGUCUUCCCUCCCUACCAUACUGACAAGUCCAGUGUCUACAUUGACCAGUCCAGUGUCUACAUUGACCAGUUCGGUGUCUACAUUGACCAGUCCAGUGUCUGCAUUGACCAGUUCGGUGUCUACAUUGACCAGUCCAACAUCUGCAAAGCCAGAUCAAAAUGAAAAGAAACCAGUGCCAUCCACACUCGCAAAGCUGAAAAGGUGUUUCUCCAGUGCAUUUGCCAAAGAUGUCCAGCAGGCUGAUGGAUCUCCUGUGUCAAAACAGAGAUGUCUUGAUAGUUUUGUGUCAUUGCACAGUUUCAAGUCUAAAACUUCCUCUGAGAAAAUUCUUAACCAAAGUGGCAAUGGUCUUCAUCUUAAAUCAUCACCAGACUCUGCAUUUGCUUCACAGGAAACUUACGCAAGUCAGAUUUCAGAUGGAGCAGAUUCCGAGUCAAUAUCAGACAUCCACAUAUUGGAGGAUUCUGUGUCCCAAGGACCGCCUUUCAACCAGUCGUGGAACAGAAUGACAGAAGACGAUGAUUCACCUUUAAAUGUUGUAGAUUCUGAUAGUUUAACAACAUAUGGUCAACAUAAUGAUAGAGACAGUUGUGCAAAUGAUGUUUAUCUAGGCUUUACAAAUAAGACUUUAGAGUCAAGUUCAAAUUCAAAGUCAGAUUUUCACCUGGAAAACAGGACUAAGUCUUUAAUUUUUCAUGCUGAAGAAUUAUCUGAUAGACAAAUGGCAGAGGAUUCUGCAAGCAACUUAGGAGGGAAAUGUGUAAUAUCUGAUACUGACAUCAGUUCAAAACAUUUACCAUCUGCUAUAAGAGAAGUUUUUUCAUCAAACAAUACAGUUAAAGAUGGUGGAAAUAGUGAAAGUGUCAAAGAAGCUGACAGUCGCCACAAAUUUGAUGAGACUGUGGCAGAGGGAGAGAAUCUGAAUAAUAUACAAGUGAUACAAAAAGAAGUGGACCAGUUUGAAAGUGUGAAACGAAAAGAGCAUGCUAUUCCCUUCUCCAUGUCUGAUCUGAAGGAAAUGCUACAGAAGAGAAGAGAACUGGGUAAAGAAGAGUCAGGGGAAGUGUGCAGAAAGUUUAGAGCCACUAUCUCUCCAACUGACAAUACAACAGCCGAGGAAGAACUGAAAAAAGAGAUAAGGUUAAUUAUCAUUUAG